AACUAAAAAAAUAUGCAACUAUGUUUCGGGGGGCUUUGGGGAGAAAAAGGAAAAAUCUUUAAAAACAAAAAUUAAAAGGGAGGGCACUGCCUCAGAACCGGGCUCCCUAGAAUGAUGCUGCACGUCUGUCCCGCCCCCCGGAUUUCUAGAGGUCUCUGGGAAGGCAUCUGCUCCACGGGGCACCAAGCUUUCGGGCCCACGCCCGGUACCCUCAGACCUGGCUGGCUGGACCCGGCCCGGCCCCGCGUCCCUAACCCGCUGCGGCUCUCGCGAGAACCCCGCCCCUCUACCCAGGCGGCGGAGGGCACCAUAGAGGCGCGUUUCUCCGAGCAUCCUAGAGCGGUGCUGCGGCCGUUUGCGGGGGCGGGCCGGAACAGCGGGUCUGGGCCGGGAGCGCCGGGCUCCUCCCGGUGCUGUCCCGGGUGGAGGCCCCGGUUGAGUUGGGCUGGCCGCGGAGCUGGUGCUGCGGCCCAUCCUCCGACUCCGGCCCAGCUGGAGCUGCGGCCCGCCCGGCCCUCGCUUCUCCCUGGGUUCUGGCUUUGGGGGUUCCGGUUGGCGGAGGGGCCGGGCCCCCUUCCCCAGGCUGGGCAAGAGGCGUGCGGGCCGGGCCCUGCGUCCGCGUCCCCGGAGCCCGGUGGUCGCGCAGAGCCGAGGCUGCGAGGCAGGCGGGAGGGCCGGUUCUGUUCGGGUUCCCGUCCCCUCGGCGCGCCCGCUGGGAGCAGCAGGCGCUGGCCGGCGGUCCCCUUGCGGCCCCGCCUCGGUUCCCGCGGAGACUGCCCGCCCGGCGCCGUCUUGCUCGUGCGGCUCUCUCCCGCCCCGGCUGAGUCACGGGUUGGACGGCAGACACUCCGUGAGCAGUUAGGAAGAACGCACCAUGUCCAGAGGACUCUCCGCGGGCCUGGGCUCACGGAGCAUGUGUUGUAGUAGAGGCGAGACAGUAAGCAAAUAGAUUUCGAUCGUGACAAGGGGUUUGAAGAAAAUAAACCAAGGGGUUAGGAUUGUGAGAGAUGCGGGGUCAGGGCAGCUAUGGGUGCUCAGGGAAGGCCUUUGCAAGGGGUUAACAUCUCAAGUGAAACCUGGUGGCCAAGAGGCCUUGCCAAUCCCUUAGAAGAAACUUGGAGGUGAAAGGAACUGCACCGGAAUGGCCUUGGCUGGCUUGCGUUAACGCACAGAAGGCCGGCCUGGCUCCAGUGUAGGGAGCAAGCGGGCAAGAGAGGCAGCUGGGCAGGGUGCCUCUGGAACAGAAGUUUUGUUCUAAAUUGAAGGGAUAAAUGACUCCUGCUGGUCCUCCAGGCCCCAAUCAAAUGUAAUUUCCCCAAAAGCACCCCCUGAUCCUCCAUCUAAGUUAGCAGUCCCCUCCCCUUGAUAUUUUCCCUCCCAACAUUCUCAACCCAGCACUGUUUUCCUCUGAUUAAAGACUAUUUCCUGAUUCCAGAGGUAGAAGUAAAAGCAGGUUUUCUCCCCUCUAACUGGGCGGCUCCUCCCUGAGGACAUGCACUCCCCAGAUACGAGCAAACAAGAACCAGUGAUGGAGACCUCCCCUCCCAGCAGUGGGCAAUGGUGUGUGGGCUAGGUCUUCCCCUGAGAUGCUCUGGUGGCCUUGUCGGGGUGAAGAGGACGGCAGAUCCAUCCGUCAGCAGGAGCCGCAGCAAUGGUCCAGGCAGGUCCUGCCCUCAGACUGCCCUGGACAGACAGCCCAGUGGGGGUCGGCUGGCAGUGGUGUGCUUUGCAGUCUGCUGUCUGCCCAGCGUCUCAGAUCAUCCUCAGUAGCCAUUGUACUCUCAUGUUAAAAGGGCUCUCCUACCAAAUGUCACCUCAUGGCAUCGUAACUGCAAGCUUUCUGUUAACUGAUGCCUAAGUGGGAUGUCAUUUCACAAAGUGUUAACUACUUAGGAGGCUCAAACCCCACAGAGGAGGAUCCCCCAGAGACCUCCUUCCAAACCCAGGAGCUCAAGUGUCUGUCGGGGGAGGGGCACUGAGACCAGGGCCUGGUGCCUUCUCUGCAAACACCUGGCCAGAGCAAAAUUGUAUUUAUUGGAUUUUAAAUAACUUUUCCCCAACCACAGAGGCAACACACAUUUGUAAAUAAGUCUUGGAGGAAUCAUAAAAACGGGAAGAAGGAAAAUAAGAAGCACCCAUAAUUCUAUGACCCCAGAAGAAACUAGAGUUAAUGUGCUGGGAGUCACCUACAUCAUGGAUCCACUCAUUUACUCUACAAAUCCUUGCUGAGCACAUGCUGGGUGCCAGGCCCUCCCCCAGCCUCUGGGGGUACAGCAUGAAUAACCAGACCGCAGGCCUUGUCUAAGAAGCAAGAGGCCAUUGUGUUCGAGGAUGUGGCCGUGUACUUCACAAGGAUAGAGUGGAGUUGCCUGGCUCCGGACCAGCGGGCGCUGUACAGGGACGUGAUGCUGGAGAACUACGGGCACGUGGCCUCCCUGGGCUGUCUUGUCGCCAAACCAGCGCUGAUCUCCCUCUUGGAGCAAGGAGAGGAGCCAGGGGCCUUGAUUCUGCAGGUGGCUGAGAAGCGAGAGACAAGGGCCAGCCUGUGCCCAGGUUCCAGGAUGGAGGCUAGGAUCAAGGAGUCUUCCCUGAGGAGAGUGUCCUCUAAGCAGGCGGGACUGUUGGGCACAGUUUGGGGGCGACGCCCCGGGGGGGACCCCGGCUUACCUGUACUGAACGGCAGUCCUGAGGAGGGGUCAGGCGGCCCUCCAGGGGAGUAUGGCGCGGCCCCUGCCGCCCUGGAGGAAGGACGGCUCUGCCCUGGCCCUGCGGCCGUGGCUGGAAAGAGAGCGCACCGGUGCGCCUGCGGCAAGGCCUUCAAGUACCACUCGCUGCUGCUCAGGCACCAGGUUGUCCACACGGGCGCCAAGCCCUACCAGUGCACCGAGUGCGGCAAGGCCUUCAAGCAGAGCUCCAUCCUCCUGCGGCACCAGCUGAUCCACACCGAGGAGAAGCCCUACCGGUGCGGCGAGUGUGGCAAGGCGUUCCGGCAGAGCACCGAGCUGGCCGCGCGCGGCCGGGUCCACGCCGAGGAGAAGCCCUACGAGUGCGGCCAGUGCGGCAAGGCCUUCGGGCGCAGCUCCCAGCUCCGGCAGCACCAGCAGUUCCACACGGGGGAGAAGCCCUACGAGUGCUGCGAGUGCGGCCAGGCCUUCGGCCGCAGGUUCACCCUCAAGGAGCACCGGCGCCUCCACAGCGGGGAGAGGCCUUACAUGUGCCCGCAGUGUGGGCAGCGAUUCAUCCGCGGGUGCUCACUCCGCAAACACCACAGGCUGCACGGCGAGGAGAGCCCCCGCAAAGACGGCGGGUGCCAGAGCCCCCUGCUCAGCGCGGCCCAGAAGGCCCCCUCGGGGGACAGGCUCCACGAGUGCCUGGUGUGCCAGAAGCCCUUCAGACACAACUCCCUGCUCCUCCUGCACCAGAGGCUGCACACAGGCGAGAAGCCGUUUGAGUGCAGGGAGUGCGGCCGGGCCUUCGGCCGCAAGUCCAACCUCACGCACCAGCAGACCCACACCACGGAGAAGCCCUUCGCCUGUACGGAGUGUGGCACGGCCUUCCGCAGGAGCUACACACUGAGCGAGCACUACCGGCUGCACAGCGGUGAGCGGCCCCACAGGUGCCACGCCUGUGGGAGGGCCUGCAGCCGGCUCUCCGCCCUCAUCCAGCACCAGAAAGUCCACAGCCGAGAAUGCUCCCAGGAAGGUGGGGAGGGCGGGCUGGUGCCCCGCUGGGCAGCCCGGUGAGGUGACAACAGGCAGAGAGCCAGUCCACCCUCCCGCUUGGCUGUGCAGCGGGCAUUUGUCUUGGACGGAGAAGGAGUGGCUGGGGCUGUUCUCAGGCUGGCCAGAGAGGGAAGCGGAGCCAGAACAGGUCCCCAGCACUUCUUUUUUAUAAAGAUUUUAUUUUUUUCCUUUUUCUCCCCAAAGCCCCCCAGUACAUAGUUGUAUAUUCUUCGUUGUGGGUCCUUCUAGUUGUGGCAUGUGGGAUGCUGCCUCAGCGUGGUUUGAUGAGCAGUGCCAUGUCCGCGCCUAGGAUUAGAACCAACGAAACACUCGGCCGCUUGUAGCGGGGCGCGCGAACUUAAGCACUCGGCCACGGGGCCAGCCCCAAGAGCAGCACAUCUGAACCACCCAGGUCUGCCUGGAUACACACAGGCUCCAAUAAACCACAUGGGGUUGGGGGGCGGGUGUUUUCCUUUUGCACUCGUCUGUUUUCCAAAUGCUGACUUGUGAUCAGAAAAAAUGGAUACCUUGUUUCUUUGGUGGCUCGUUUGUUUUUAGGAUUGUCCAAGGUCAGACCGUGUUUGCAGGGGCACCAGCCACCUGGUGGGAGCGGGAGGGGCACGGGACUAGAGUCCACACAGCGCCUGGAGUGGGGACGUUUGGAAGUCAUGGGCAGGCUGAGGGUUUGUAACUGAGCCAGGGCCAGAGGGGCGGUGGUGACUGAGGCCAGGGCUCAAGGAGGGUCUGUGGGCUGCUGGCAGCACCUCCCGAGCCCCAGCCAGGCUGGCAUGGCCUGCUGUCCCUGGGCCUGUCAGCAGAAGGUGCUCACUGGGGAGAAGGCACUGAGGACUUGCUGGUGAGGGAGGCCAUCUUCGCGACCCCUCCUCACCACCAGCACCCCCAGGACCCCCGAGAAUACUGACAGGCUUCCGCAGCGUCUUACAGAACGUGUGCCAGAGAGGAGGCCACCACCCUGAGCCAAGGUGGACCCUGCCUGAUCCACAACUUUCUGCACCUUGGCCUUCCCAUGAGUCGGUGACAGUGUCCUGCAGGCAGGCACAAGCAGAGCUGGCUUGUUCUCUGUGGUGUGGAUGUGCCGUUGGCGCGAUCAGUUGUUCCCCCGUGAGGGGACGUCACCUCACUGCCCACUUGGUAUGCACAUGACACUGCAGUCAGAGCCCUUCCGUAAAUGCUGGCUAGCACGUCCCAUAAACUUGAGAGCCAGGUCCCUACAGGUUUAGAUGUUAGUCCUCUCACAGGACUGGAGGUUUUGCAAGGCUUCAGUGUCCAGGCGAUUCCAGGGUUCUGGCCUCACUCCCUUCCCACCCUCCAGUCUCCUGCCAGGGCUCCCAUUGGCCAGACCCAGCUGGAAGCCAGCAGUCAUGAAAAUCCACUGAGGAGGCCACAUGGGCCUGGGUGGUGACGGGGGCAGGUGUCGGAGAGGGGUGAACCUGGAGGAGCAAAUGUGAGUGGGCAGCAUUCGCUCUCCCGCCCAGCGUGUUCUUCCUCACACUGCCGGCUGUGCUCCCACUAACUUGGAGCCUGCCACGCCACACUGGCUGCAGCUGGUGCCUCUGAAACUGUCUGAAAAUUAGCCCUUGGCCUGUCCACUGCCCUCAGGCUAAGAUCUCAGACAAAGAGGUAAGAAAAGGGAAGUCUGGUUUUCGAGAUGCCACAUGAAAGGUCCCUUAGGCUGUCUAAAGUCUAAAGUCGUUCCUGUGGCCACAAGUUGCUGCCCUCUGCGGGCGGAGGCCCGUGUUCCCUCCAGGCCCGUGUCCUCCCUGCUGGAUCCCGCCCAGGUUGCCCGGCGCCGUCCGCGGUGCUGAAUUCCCGCAGGAGCCUCAGCUGAGACAGGUUGCCUGGGCAGGGGUGAAGAGCCAGCUGGUUGCCGCAUACGACACAGUGGAGACCAGGACCUGCUGCCAGGCCUGCGUUUUCCGUGCUGUUUACAAGGUCCAAGUUAAAGAGGAUCGGCGACUCUGUGCGAAAGGAUCCCAGGAAUGGGUUUCAGAACCUGUUCCUCACAGAAACCAUAAAACUGGAGCCUCCCAGAGGAGCUCUGCGGGUUCUGCUGCAGACAGACGCAGCCUCUCAGCUUUCAUUCCGUGUGAAUGUGCCAGAAACUACCGCCCCACAAACCAUGUUCCUGGGCUUCUCCCCCAGUGAGAUUGAGUGUGACAAAGAAUGACGGCCAUCUCCAUUCUCCCCAGCGUCCUGCGUCCAUACUUCAUCGCUCUUCCUCCCUGGGAAGGGCUCCAGCUUCGCUGCUGGAGGUUCCCCACCGGGGAUCUGAGCUCAUGUUCCCGAGCUUGAGAAAACGAAGGCUCCAGAGUCCCUCCCUCUAGACCCAUCCCCACCCCUGCACAGGCUCAGCCUUAGGGCUGCCUUCUCCUCAUCGGUCCCCACUGAGGAAAACAAGCCAAACCAGGAAGAGCAGAUCCCGUCUUUUCUGUUCUGAAUUAAAGGAAAUACUGAAGUAAUAA